UAGGUCAACUGGCAGGGGGCGCUCUGCCACCAGGUAGCUGCUGACAUAAGACAUGACGGCGACUGUUACUUUUUACUUUUUUUCUUUUUUACACCAACGUGAGGAGCUAAAUGCCACUUUUUAUCUUCGAGAUACGAAAUUGAAAAAAGUCAACCAUGAACUUCAAUGUAGGACAUCGUGUGAGGUGCAGGCAGCCCACCGUGCCCCCUUUCUCCAACAGGACCCUGCACCACCCAUCUUUCCUGCCUGUGUACAUGGCUACAGAGUUUGCACACCAUCGCACCGACUGUAACAACCAAACAGUCCAUCCCAUCACCCCGGCGGAGUUCUUCUACACUGAUCCCACCAUGAGCUGUGGGAGGAGGAUCCCCAACAUGGUGAGUGAGUUGAGGGUUUCCGAUUGCUUCCAGCUCAACACUCCGCCACCAGUUAUGUCUGCCUGCCCAGCUCCACCAACCCGCCCAGACCCAUUCAGAUCAGAACCACACCCCACCAGGGAUCUGGGCAGCCUCACCUUUAAAAUAAAUACUCUCCACCCUCCAGUGCAGCCAAGCUGUGUUAUCCUCCAGCUUACCCAGGAGGAGGACCAGGCCAUUACUAACCUCCUGAAACUGCACCACCAACAGCCUAUACAGAGUGAUGAGACCCUUGCUGCUCUGCAAAUGGUCUCUUCCAGUGUAGAGUUGAACCCCAUCUCAUUCCUUCACCCUGACCUUAUGGACUCCACUUCAGCUGAGGAAGUAUACAAGCCCUUCUGUAGUGAUGAGCAGUAUCCCAGGCAGCAGGGAAGGUCUUGGUCGGAUACGGAGCUUGAGGCAGCUAACACCCUCCUGAGUUGUUUCAGCCUGAUGGAGGAGGACAUCUGGGGCCAAAACCACAGUAAAUCGGCAGUAAAACGUUCUGAUCCUCUGCUUUACCAGCAUCACAGGGAUUCAUCAAUAAGCACUGAAACCCCAAAAGGAUCUGAGACUUUUCCUGCAUUAACAACUGCUGAUUGUACUCAAAACGACAUUGGCUACAUCGGCUUUAGUUGUGCCAGGGAAUAUGGAGAACCAGGCUGGAGGGAUUUUGGGUUUGUGGUGGGAAGGAGAGAUGAUGUUCAUCUGCCCGUUCGUGAGUCUACACUGUCCUCAGACUCCAAGUCAAAAAGCACAUCAGGCGCCUCUGGAGAUUUUUUAGACAUGAAGGAGCGUAUGCUGUCAGAUUCUGAGGGAGAUGCUGUGCAAGUACUCCUGAGCCUCGGAGACAUGGGAGCAUUGGAUAUCGUGCAGUGAAUGUCCGUCUUAAACCUGAAGGUCUUGUCCCUGGGUCACAAACCAAAGGAUUGACAACUUGUGGCCUGGUUGCGCUACAAGGAAAAGUCAGAGGAUCACCAAGGGUAGAUCCUAAAUCGGAUCUGCUAGAAUGGUCUGCCUCACCCUUUCUUGGCAGUGAUGACUAGCAGGUCAUUGAAGAGGAAGAGGUAGACGGGGGUGAACUUUGCCCUCAUGUUGAAGAUGGUUCCUCCUUUGGACAUUUCCUGCAGCUCUCCCUUCUUCUCCAAGUAUCGUGUCUGAGAGAUGAUCGGGAUGGCCUGGAGAAGACACCAGCAAAAGUAGGAACAUUAAGCUAUUUUUGAAGUAGCUCAAGUCCAACUAAAACACUGACAAAAAUCAUGCACACAUUUAGUGUGUGUGUGUGGGUGUGUGUUUACCUUGAGCUUGUCAAACUCCAGUGUUUGAGAGACAUGGAUCAACUCUUCCAUCUGUCUCAUUUUUCCCACCUGUGUGUUACACUCGUCAAUGAUCUGUGUGUGAUUAUGAGAGUGGGAAAAAAAAAAAGAGACCUGAUUAUGUAAUAAACAAAACUGGCUACAUCUCACUGGGAGUGUCAGGUUCACUCCUUGGACAAAUGUCUCCCUGUUUGAGCAAACUCGAACGGCCAUUGUCCUCAGUGAAACGCAUGGCUCCCUGUCACUGUCACAGAGCUCACUAAAAUAGGAAAGCAUUCACUCAGACAAUGGCUGACGUCAAAUAUCCGGAGGCGUGCAAAGCACUCCGAGUCCGAUUACAUGGAUGUGUAUGCAGAAGAGAGGGUGAAGAGUGAGGGGCGUUUACCUUCGACACGGAAGCCAAAGCCUUGGAGGCUGUCUGCUCCUCUUUCGUCCUCUCCUUUGUUCUCUUCAGGAUGUUCUGAAACGACAAACAGCUACUUUCUAUUUCUGCAACAGGCAAACAGCAGGAUACUUUUUUUUUUCUUUUUUUUUUUUUCCAUCUAAAUGCAAACAAGGUCGGGAGGUAGAGAAAGUGUGUGCCCGUGACUUUGCUCAUAGGUCAAGAGGCAGUGACAGUGUUUUAUGCUAUUCUGUUGAUUGUUUGGAGCAUGUGAUGCAAGGCAUAUCAAUCAACAGAAUAACAUAAAACAAGACGAGUUUGAGCGGGGGGGCAUUUACGCUGGAAUGAGGACAUUCCGCAAAGCAACACGCAGGAAAUGAAAAGGUUCAGGUAUGCAGAAUGUACUGUGGCAUUCUGUUUAGUCUUUUGAGGAAAGAAUUUAAAGGGUGUAAAGGCUAACUGCAUUGUUGUCACAUAACAGUGACAUAACUGUGACAGCAAAAGCUAGCCUGGCUCUGUCCAAAUUAAAGGAAACACUUGUCACGUUGUGGUUAUUCAGGGGACUUACGUGCUGGAACUAUUUAUUGCGAACAGUAGUCGGCAGAAACAGAGCCAGGCUGGCUGUUUUCCCGUGCUUCUAGUCUUUAUGCUAAGCUAAGCUACUCUACUUGUUGCUGGACUCAUUAGACUACUGUAUGUUUAAUAAAAAAAUAAAAAAAAAAUAAAAAAAAAAUCAUUUCUACAGCAACAUUUUAACUCUCACUUCAAUGAGCAUUUUGAUGCGUGUUAUUCGCUGGAAGGGCAGCAGCAAGAAGGACAUGAAGGGCAGCCGCUGGCAUUGAGGCGACUCUUGGAGACGAGUGAUGACCGUAGCAAACUGCGGAUUGUUCUUCCUGUGGACACACAUACAUGCGCAUACAAGCACACAUCAAUGGUAUGUAAUGCAGCUGUAAUGCUCAUAUACUUGUGAAAUGGAGAAAAGGAGGAAGGAAAGUGAUAAAACAACAUCUUGACAAUCAAUGCUUGCUUUUAGUUUUUUUUCUGACAUGUACAAGUUGCUGUGGAUGGAUACAACCUAGGCGAAAGGAAGGUUUUCCCAACUUAUCUGGAAUCCGGGAAACAAAAUAGGAACAAAUGACAAUUUUAGAGAAUUCCUUACAAGAGGGAGGUGUAGGUCUUAUCCUGAUAGAUCUGGUUGCGGACGUAGUCGAUGUAGGCUGGGAAGUUGUGCUGGGCGUGGUAGUGGAUAAUGUCACAGAUAUCAGGAAAGACCAGGUCCUUGAAUAUGCGU